CCUGGCUAAUUAUUCUCUGAGAAUCAUGUACCUACACCAAAAAUAACAUAUUAUCUCUGUUCUUUGCUUAGAAAUACGGUGUCAUAUUUGCGCCAUCUGCCCAGUGGGAGAUGAAAGAAUUUGAAGGAAAAGUUGCAGUUGUCACCGGUGCAAGUUCCGGCAUCGGCAGUGCCAUUGCCCAAAGACUUGCGGAAGAGGGAAUGAUCGUAGCAGGUCUCGCGCGAAAUAGCGGCAAGGUAAUUGAAAUGGCAGAGCAAUUGGGAAAUAAAGGCCAAAAUAUUCACGCAAUUGCCACCGACGUCACCAAAGAGGACAGUGUUCGAAAAGCAUUCGAUUAUAUCAACAAAAACUUGGGUGUAAUACAUGUGCUUGUUAAUAGCGCGGGAAUUAGCAAGUUUGCGUUGCUCACCAAAGGCUCCCCAGACGAAUGGAGAGCUAUUUUGGAUACUAACGUUGUAGGAUUGUCGAUUGUGACCAAGGAAGCGAUUGCAAGCAUGACAGCGAAUGGAGUACACGGGCAUAUAAUACACAUUAACAGUGUUCUUGGACAUUUCCAUUUAAAUCAACACUCAGGGCAUUUCUACGAAGCUUCCAAGUUUGCAGUUACAUCUCUCACUGAAUCACUUCGCAAGGAACUAAUUGAGAUGAAGAGCGGGAUAAAAAUUACGAGUAUCAGUCCGGGCAUAGUUGACACUCCGAUGUUGGACACCACUUUACUCGGUGUAGAAGGCGCUGGCGAAAUUAUUGAUGCCUUUAAAAGAACCAAUCCAGCGUUACAUGUCAAUGAUGUUGUUGACGGCAUUAUUUACGUACUCAACACUGCUCCCCACGUUCAGGUACAUGAGCUUAUUAUGAGGCCCGUCGGAGAGCAAAUUUAGAAAUUUCCAGAACCUGAGAACAAAGGACGAUCAAGUAGGCAGCAGGGCUGGUGUCACAUUACUCAGCCAAUUUUGAAUAUUAUAUGUAUUAGGAUAAAGGGUGUAAAAAUGUAGUGGCUACUACUUCAUAGAAAUUUUUGUGCAA